CCUCCUCCGGCCCUCGGAGCGGCCGAGCCGGUGAUCGGCGGUGCUUUGCUGUGCGGUGCGGUGCGGUGCUGUGCUGUGCGGUGCGUGCAGCAGGGUCCGGCGGUGCGUUGGCUCCGAGCAUCCAUGAGGAGCGCCGACAUGGCCGCCACGUUCAAGCAACAGAAGGUGGAGGAUGUUUAUGAAAUUGGAGAGGAACUGGGAAGCGGCCAGUUCGCCAUAGUGAAGAAGUGCCGGGAGAGGAGCUCCGGAGCAGAGUUCGCCGCCAAGUUCAUCAAGAAGCGGCAGAGCCGGGCCAGCCGCCGGGGGGUGCGGCGGGAGGAGAUCGAGCGGGAAGUGAGCAUCCUGCAUCAGGUCCUGCACCCCAACGUCAUCAAGCUGCACGACGUCUACGAGAACCGCACCGACGUGGUCCUCAUCCUCGAGCUAGUAUCCGGAGGAGAACUGUUUGACUUCCUGGCCCAAAAGGAGUCUCUGAGUGAGGAGGAAGCAACCAGAUUCAUUAAGCAGAUUUUGGAUGGUGUGAAUUAUCUCCACGCCAAGAAAAUCGCUCACUUUGACCUUAAGCCGGAGAACAUUAUGCUGUUAGACAAGAACAUUCCCAUUCCUCACAUAAAACUGAUUGACUUUGGCCUGGCCCAUGAAAUAGAAGACGGAGUUGAAUUUAAAAAUAUUUUUGGGACCCCCGAGUUUGUAGCUCCUGAAAUAGUGAACUAUGAACCCCUCGGCCUGGCUGCAGAUAUGUGGAGCAUCGGAGUCAUCACCUAUAUUCUGUUGAGCGGCGCAUCGCCUUUCCUCGGAGACACAAAGCAGGAGACUCUGGCGAACAUCACAGCCGUGAGCUAUGACUUCGACGAGGAGUUUUUCAGCCAAACCAGCGAGCUGGCAAAGGACUUCAUUAGGAAGCUUCUGGUUAAAGAAACCCGGAAACGACUGACCAUCCAAGAAGCUCUUACGCACCCCUGGAUCACGCCAGUGGAUACUAAGCAGGCCAUGGUACGCAGAGAGUCCGUCGUCAACUUGGAAAACUUCAAAAAACAGUAUGUCCGGAGGCGAUGGAAGCUCUCAUUCAGUAUUGUCUCACUGUGCAACCACCUCACCCGCUCCCUGAUGAAAAAGGUUCAUCUGAAGGCGGACGACAGCUUGAGGAACUGUGAGAGUGACAGCGAGGAUGACGUCGCACGGAGAAAAGCCCUGCAUCCACGAAGGAGAAGCAGUAGUUCUUAGCCCAGCCCUCUGCUUGAGGGCGACCCAGGACCUUUCCAGUCCUAACUCCUUGGGGUGGUUUACAAUCUGUGUAUCGGAAUACAGAUGGCAGCUUGGUUCUCAAAGACCCGGGGCCCCUGGGAUAUAUUCUGGUUGUAGAAUUGGCAAGCUCCAAAGGAAGGGAGAUGUGGAACUACACUGUUGGUGAGGCACUGACCAAAUCGGAACUCUGAAAUGCCCAAAGUGUUUGAUUUUUUUUUUCUGAGACGGGGCUCGGGCUGCGCUCAGAAACUUGUGCUUUGAAUUACUUUCUUUUUUAUAUUUAAACAUAGCAUCCUUGGCGUCGGGAGUCACAAGUUAGAGCAAACGCACGAUCAUCCUGAGGGUCUGCUCUUCUGAUAACAGCCCCGGGAGUGAUUCCUUGGUGGACGCUUUAAAUAGUAUUUGUCCUCUUUCAAAAUGUAUAAGUUGGGCGGGACGGAGAGACGGAGAGUUGAUCACCGCGCUGCGGGAGGUGGUAUCGGUUGAAAUCUGGGAACUGGAGCCGUCCCAAAAUCCCGUUAUGGGAAAUGGGGAAGGAAGGUUUUCGGGAGCAUUCUGGUCAGUGGAGCUGGAGAGGUCAGGUCCAUCCCAGGCCCUUGGAUGUCUGCAGAGUCUGAGCAGGAGGGUGGGGACGGAGAGUCUCACGGCGGAGGCUACAGAACCACGGCAGCCUGAUGCGCCACUGCUCCUCAAGACCCCGGAGCUGAGGCUGAGUUAGAAAGGAGUCUUACAAGUGGAAUUAGUAGGGCAGAAAGCCAAAGCGAAGAAGAAGUGUCUGGAUUUUUGGUGGUCGGGUGGAGCCUUCGAGGGAACUGUAACCUCAUCGCCCGAUCCAAAUUCUCCACAGGGCACCCUCUUGAGCCCUUCUUGAGAAUCCUGUGGGGACCUCUGAUAAGCAACUGAAGAAGAGCCUUCUUGAAACAUCCAGGAAGUGACAGAGAGUUUCUACCAGAAAAGAGAGCAGAGAGGAGAAAGAUGUCUGGAGUUGGGGAACGGAGAGAGCUAAUGAAAGUGGAGGAAAGGAGCCGAAAUAAAGGCCAGCAUUGUUUUCCUGUUCCCUGUGGUGAUGUCUAGUUUUCCCCUGGUGGCAUUUCAGAGGGUCCAUCACCUAGGGGGAGCAGGAGGGGUGGAUUGGGGAUUUGGACAAAAUCUCAUGGUGCGAGAAGACAAUACCAUUCCGUAGACUGCCGAGAAAGCCUUUGAGGAUCUUGGGAGCUAAGGAACUUGGGAGCAGACCCAGAAAUGUGCAGGGGAAAAGUACAGAGGGGAAAAAGUUAGGAAUAGGAGAGGGACAAUGAAGGGGUGGAAGAUAAAGGAAUCGGGUGUGGGAAAAGCAAGAUCGAAGAGAAGAAAUGGAAGAGAACAAGUAGAGUAAAGGGAUGGGGAAAAAGAGGAGGCUCUUCUUUCUCCACAGCAGGCCUGUGAUCUCAAGCCCCUCUUGAUAGAGGAGCAGUCUCAGCCUCAGUUACCUCAGCCUCUUUCUGAAUGGCCAACUCCUGACUCUGAUCAGCAAGGUCCACGCCCAGCGAGCAAGCAGAGAAUUCCAGUCCCAAUCAAAGGAGAGAGGAUAGGAAAGCAGCAAUAGGGUCAGAGGAACUUCAGGAUGCCUUUGUCCCAAGUUGUUUUUGAGGCUGACUCCUCAGAAGGAGAAGUGAUGGACCGGAGGAAGACCUGGGGCCUCGUUUUUCAUUUCCAGUUCCCUCCACCCAGCCCAAGAAGUGUGGCCUCUAGGCUCAGACCAGUCCUCGGAAUGGAAAUGAAGCUGCUUCCAGAAGCAGCAGGCGAGGCUCCCCUCUGAGGAGCUUCUCUCCUGGGCUAGUGAGAACCUAGAGAUACGCCUCUGGUGCACUCCAGGUCCCUGGGAAAGAGUCAUUUGAAUCUUCCCUCUCAAAACAUGGUUUCUCUGACCUUUCUCAGCCGCUUUUAUCCGGUCCCAUUAGCUAUUCAUUUAUUCUGUACCGGUUCUCUGGUAUAGGUCCUCGUGUAUGUGUGUGUGUUUGGUAUUGGGGGACGGGGUGGCAAAUUUCAUCGUCUUUGGCUAUCAAGGGAGCAGGCUUGGUUCCACCGUUCUCUUGAUCUGAGCGGCUCCGUCCAUUUUUCUCAGUCCAGGAUUCUGAAAGAAUCUCGCACCCCAUUUUCAGGGCAGAAAAGAGAGCAGAAAGCCCUUUACUGCCCUAGUUAUCAAAGUAGGGGCGCUUCUCAGACCAUUAAGAAACUGCCUUAGAGGUUAAUGGGGGAGUAUUGGUUUGUUAUUAUUACUGUGAGGUAUUAUGUAUAGGCUAACUGCUUAGGGCCAAAAAGGAUCAUUUUUCUUUAAUGAAUGUGGUACAUUUCUAAGAUUAGAAUCACUGGUUCCAGGCUGGCCCCUCCCCCAAAUCUUUUCGUAUGUUUUUUGCAAUGUGCCACAUUAAUUUUUCACCAGCUCUCAUAUGAAUAUUUCAGUGUUCUGCAUUUUAAUGUGAAUCUCACUGCGCUCUUCUCAGUCCUCAUCUCUGAGUAGAUGUGGUUUUCCCCUCAGUUUAUUAACCAAAUUUUUUUAUCUUUCAAGAAAACGGAGGCCAAGCCGUUUUUCCAAAUAGAGGUUAAAGGCAAAUCUCUUUGAUUAGAAAAAACAAGAACAAAACAUACCCUUUUUUGCAGUAACAAAAACAGGAAGAACACGAGAGAUAAACUGGGAGUUCUGAUCAGGCUCUGUGGCUAGAAGAAGAUAGAGGAGGAUAAAUAAGGCAGGAUGCAAAUUUUGAUAUGCCUGAUGAUUUUGUCCCCCUGGAAAUCUCUAGAGUUUGCUCCGAAUUACUCCCUUCUUACCUCCUCUGGUUCCCUCCCACCCGGUUUGUAGCGCUGCCCUGGGGAACCCCUCCUCUUAAACUCCUCCGCAGGAUAUUGGCGGGUGCCCCUGACCUCAGCAAGCUUCCCGGAGAACUUCCCCCAGUGGGCGAGUGGUGUGUACGGAAACAAUUAUGCUGAACGCCCCCUCUAAGAAAAGAUCAUUUCUGCCCACCAGCUUACUGUGAAAAGAUCCAGGCUGAAGGCUUUAACGGCCCCUUACUGUGAUUAGGAUUUUUGCCAAGAUGAUUGCUUUUAUUCCAUCCCCCUCCAGGAAAGGUGCUCUGGGAAGGGAAGGUCACAGUUGCAACCCCCACUUCAUACACAUCCCUCUGGGGGUCCCGCAGUCCUUUCUUGCUCGCCACAGGGUGAACCUCUGCAAGGGAAGAGGCUGUGGCUGCCAGCUGGUUGAUGCUUGUUCAAGCAGCUAGGGAAGAAUCACUCUGGGCCUAGAUGGUGGUUUGUUUUUUUUUCUUGGCGUUAUAAACCAGAAACAAACCGGAGAAGUCACCUGGUCUGCCCGCCGACGGUCAUGUAAAGGCUGGUUUCUGGAAAUCUUCAGGGCGGGUGGUGUUAACCACCCCCUAGUUUAGGAUUUCGGUGGCUGGGCCUUUCCCUAAAGUUCCCUAAGUUGGCAGUUGUCCCUGCAAAGGGCUGAUGAGCCAAGUGGCUUUUCCCAGGUUGAUCAUUUCCUCACGUCCUUCCUCCAUUAGCCCGGAGGGGCCAGCUGGGCUACCUGCAACCAACCGAAAUACUAGCAUUUGCUUUGUGAACGUCAAUACAUUUGCAGGACUGGGGUCUCGUAGUCCAGCUUGACAUUCCCGUUUUUUCUUGCCACUCACCUCGGAAGCCUGCAGCAAACAGCUUUAAUACUUCAAGAUGAGGCUUCGGUACUUGCCACUGGAAAGAGGAGAAAGCCCGCGUUGUCAGCGUAUGCCACCUUCGUGAAAUGAUUCUAUUUAACAUUUAUAUAGACUGAGUACUUUGCAUUAUUAUUUUUGUAUCCAUUUAUCGGGAUCCUUGGGAGAUGGGAGAAUGCCCUUUCCUAUUCUUAGGCGGAUAAUGAAACUGGGGCCCAGAGGGGCCCGAGGUCACAGAGCCAGUCUGUGUUAGAGCAGGGACUAGAACUCUAGCAGAACAUUCGAUCCCUAAUCUGAGACUCUGCUCCCUAGGCUGAGCUGUGUCUGUCCUUAACAUUCCCUGUCUAGAGCCAGGGAGUGGGGCUCUUUUCUAAGUAGAGAGUAAAUGCAAUAUUAAAUGUAAGGUGAUAAUAUUUACACGUUAUUGUUGAUGUAUACGUGUCUUGUUUCCCACUGCUUUUGUUAAGGGAAAUACUCAGAUUUUAUUGAGUAUAUGAAGAAAGGACUGACUGAGAUCAGGAAAAGCAAAUUCUGAUGUCAUUUUGAUUUACAAAUAAAAUGUUGAAAAAUCCAA